AUGUCGCCGGGAGGAUUCCCUUCAAACUCUUUUGUAGACAAUACGGUAUUUAAUAAUUAUAUUUUUGGCCGCCGCCACCGCAGCCAACGCUGCCGCUUUCCAGGCUGGUGGCGCCGCCGCAGCCGCAGCCUCGGAGCCGUGAGCCACGCGGAGAUCGCCGGGGAGCGAGAGCGCCGCCCGCCCAGCCGACCGCUCCAGGGCCCAGCGGGCGCGGCCGCCGCCCCCGCGCCCCCAGCCCGCCCGCCCCCGCGGGCCCCGCCUGGCGUGGCCGCCUGCCGCCGCGCUUCUCCUCCUGCUUCUCCUCCGGCAGUGCCCCGCCCGCCGCCUUCUGUGCCCGCCGCCCUGCGACGCCCGCCCCCCCCGCCCCCCCCGCCCCGCGCCGCCGCCGACACCGCCCUCUGCGCCCCGCGGCGCCCCCGGGUCCCGCCCCCCGUGCCCCGCCCAGCCGCGGGCAGCAGGGCCCGGGUCCAAGCCGAGAGGAACAGCCUGAGGAGCCGCGAGUACUGGGACUAGGAGGCUCGCGUCCCGAGCUGGGGUAUUCAAGAGGGUUACCAACUGGUUCGAAAACUUGGUCGGGGAAAGAACAGUGAAGAAUUUGAGGCCAUGCACAUCCCCGACAAUGUGGUUGUCAAAAUUCUCAAGCCGGUGAAGAAAAAGAAGAUAAAACGAGACGUUAAGAUUCUGGAGAACCUUCGUGGUGGAGCAAAUAUCAUGAAGCUGAUUGACAUUGUGAAGGACUCUGUGUCAGCGACCCCAGCUUUGGUAUUUGAAUAUAUCCGUAAUACAGAUUUUAAGCAACGUUACCGGAUCCCGACAGACUUCGAGGUCCGGUGUUAUAUGCAUGAGCUCCGUAAGGCCCUGGAUUCCUGCCGCAGCAAGGGAGUCCGGCCCAGGGAUGGGAAACCGCACGAUGUCAUGGUGGGUCAGCAGCAGAGAAAGCUGCGGCUGAUAGCCUGGGGUCUGGCAGAGUUCCACCGUCCUGCUCCGGAGUACCAUGUCCGUGCAGCCUCGAGAUAUUUCAAGGGCCGGGAGCUCCUUGUGGGCGAUCAGAGGUAUGAUUACAGCUUGGACAUGUGCAGUUUGGGCCGAAUGUUAGCAAGCACGAUCUUUAGAGAGCAGCCCUUCUUUCACGGACGGGACACCUAUGACCAGCUUGUCCGCAUUGCCAAGGUUCUGGCUCCAGAUGAGCCGUAUGGGUGUCUGAAGAAAGACCACAUAGACCUAGAUCCGCGCUUCAACCAUAUCCUGGGACAAUAUUCACGGAAACGCUGGGAAAACUAUAUCCAUAGUGAGAACAGACCCCUCGUCAGCCCCGAGGCUCUAGAUCUUCUGGACAAACAUCAGCAGAGACUGACUGCCAAAGAGGCCACGGAGCACCCGGUAUACGUGGCGAUGAAGGAGCGGUCCCACCCUCCUGCAGACAAUGCUGUGCUUUCCAGUGGCCUCAAGGCAGCCCAGUGA